AUGGUCGGCCUCUUCAAUAAUUUCUUCUAUUCGCUGCGGUCAUCUCCGAAUUCUUCCUUCAUGUUCUCCAAAAUCUCAAAACCCUCUCGAAGGGUUGUUGAGGGUCUUCUCGCCCUCAGGCUCAGACUCCAUUUCAGUCAUCAUCCGAUCACCUCCUCCAAUCCCCGCCCUCCCUUCUCCUCUCUUAUUCGGGAUCCAAUCAUUAGAAAUUCCUCCUCCUCGGCCUCCUCGUCUCCAUCGAAAUUCCCUUCGAAGCCCAUUUCUUCAAAUCUUGGUUUGUCCCAAAUCCUCUAUACCCCCAAACUCCCCGCCGGAAAUUCUUCUUUAGCUACUAGUUUCAAUCCCUACCGUUCUGCUUCUAGGUUUAGAUUGUUCUCUGUUAAGACUCCGGGUUUCGGGGGUCAAAUCAAUGGAAAUUUCGCUAAGAAGGUCCUUGAUAAGUCCGCUGCGGCCGUUAGCUCCGCAUUUUCUCGGUAUCGGGAAGCCAUAGGGCUGCAAAUUGAGGCUUUCUUCAGGAGAAACUAUCUAGUUCUUCUGGGGUUUGGAGCAGUUCUUGUUUGUGCAUUGCUUUGGAGGUUUAUGUUCGGUAUUGCCAACACCUUUAUUGGGUUCUCUGAAGGCAUGGCCAAGUAUGGAUUUCUCGCUUUAUCUUCAGCUAUCGUUGCUUUUGCUGGUCUGUAUCUGCGGUCUAGAUUGACAAUCAAUCCUGAUAGAGUUUAUAGAAUGGCCAUGAGAAAGCUGAAUACGUCAGCAGGAAUUCUUGAGGUUAUGGGUGCCCCUCUUUCAGGAUCAGACUUGAGAGCCUAUGUGAUGUCUGGAGGUGGGUUAACUCUGAAGAACUUCACGCCAAAUCGUAGGAGCAAGCGAUGCUUUCUUAUCUUUCCCAUUAGAGGUUCUGAAAGGAAGGGUCUUGUCAGCGUUGAAGUCAAAAAGAAGAAGGGCCAGUAUGACAUGAAGCUACUAGCAGUCGACAUUCCGAUGGCAUCGGGUCCCGACCAGCGACUAUACCUGAUUGGAAACGAAGAAGAGUACAAAAUAGGUGGUGGACUAAUAUCAGAACUAAGGGACCCUGUUGUAAAAGCAAUGGCAGCUACCAAGGAAUUUGAUGAUCUUGAUCAAAUUGAGGAAAAGGAGGAUGCCGAGAGAGAACGUCGAGAGGCAGAGAGAAAGCAGCAAGAGGAGAUCGAAAAACUCGAGAAAAGACGAUGAAAUCUUUCGUUCUCUUCAGAUUUUGCCACGUAGUUCGUGUUCCCGUUGUGUUUUUUGUAGCAAUUCUUCAGGUGUUCUUCAAGGUUCACUUUUGAGCUUGUGCAAGAUUUCCUUUGAAUACCAAAGUUCUCAAAAGGUUCAUACCUGCCAAGUAAGUUAGUUGAAUAAAGCUUGCAAUGUCUUCCUUUCAUGUUUA